UGAAAUUUCCACACACAACAAAAGACGCGGCGCUCCCGGAAAAGAAGAGAAAGGAAGAAAACACAAACACAGGAGCGGAAUAAUCUUUUUCUCUCCAUCGUCCUCAUCCACGUCUGCGACUGCGUGCGAUCGAAGCGGAGGCGCCCGCCCCCCCUCCUCUGCUCCGUCCCGAUGGCCUUCAUGCGCACCUCCUCCAAUGCAUCCUCUGGGAUGGGUGUUGCUCCUAAUAUCAGGGAGACAUUCCUUGAGCUCCAAAUGAAGAAAGCAUUUCGUUAUGUUAUCUUCAAAAUCGAGGAAAAGCAAAAGCAGGUCAUUGUGGAGAAGACAGGAGCUACAACUGAGAGUUAUGAUGAUUUUCUGGCAUCUCUCCCAGAAAAUGACUGCAGAUAUGCCCUGUAUGAUUUUGACUUUGUUACUGGGGAGAAUGUGCAGAAAAGCAAGAUUUUCUUCAUUGCCUGGUCCCCAGCAACGUCCCGCAUCCGUGCUAAGAUGCUGUACUCCACCUCCAAGGACCGCAUCAAGCAUGAACUUGAUGGGUUUCACUACGAGAUCCAGGCAACCGACCCGACUGAGGUGGAGCUCCAAGUCCUCCGGGAUAGGGCUCAUUAGUGCCGAUUGGUGAUAAUCUGUGGGCUUCAGUCGGAUGCAGAUUCAUGCUAGCCGUGAUGCUGUUGCCACCACUUUAUUGUUAAUAAGUAUAUCCAUCAAGGUUUCCUGUAAAACGUAUCAUUUAGCUGUGCUCCGUGGUUCUCUAGCAGAUGAAGUGUUAUCUGGGAUUUAUCUGUGCGGUGUUCUGAGCCUGUAAACUCAGGAAGUAUUGUGAUAUUGUUACUGGAUUGCUGGGUGAGUGGGUGUGGAAUCUACUAAAUUGCCCCCAUUGUGUCGGCAUAACAUGUCGUGGCAUAACUUGACCUUCCACUGUUCGCAGUCCACACACUGUCUUUUGCUC